AUGAUCAACCCAACAAGUCUGUUUCAUGAAUAAGGUUAAUUAGAGAAGCCAACUAACGUUGAAUAAACUUGGGAAACGCAAAAACAAUAUCCUAAAAAGAAAUGACAACACACACAUGUUGCAUAUAUGGUCCAACUAAUGCAGAAGUGCCACUUCCGAGCAAUGAGACAGCGGCAUCAGACCAAUAACCUAUUCAAACUUCCAAUUCAAACCCAUCCACUCUCUCCCUCUCUAAAUAUUCUAAUGGACUAACAAAAAAAAAAACACUCCCCCACCCACUCAUCUCUCUCUUUUCCAUCUCCAUUUUCGAUUCGAGUGAAUGCUCAAUACAUGGGCCUGACCGCGAAUCCCGUCACAAUCCUCCUCUUCCUCCUAUGUUUCUCGGCCGAGACGGUUUUGGGUUCACAAAACAUCGAAACUUUUGAAGCUCAAUACAGUUCGUUCAACGAUUCCAACAAGGGCAAUUUCACCAUCCAGUACCCUGCGGCCAUCAACAACGACGCUUUUCAAGUCACUCCGGACACGGCCAGCAGCAAUACUUUCACUCUCUACAAUCGGUCAGGAAGAGUGCUUCUCAAUCGGCAUUUCAAGCUCUGGGACGAUCAUGAAGUCCACUCGUCCAAUUCGUCCCAAGUUGCGUCCUUCAACUCCUCCUUCCUCAUCAACAUCUAUCAGUUGAAUUCCACCACCGGUGAAGGUCUUGCCUUCGGGAUUUUCCCGGACAAGGCCAUACCUCCUGGGAGCGAGGGCCAGUACAUGGGCUUGACAAACUCCACAACCGAUGGCAACACCACCAACCAAUUGGUCGCGGUCGAGUUCGACACGUUCAAACAGGACUUCGACCCGGACGCUAACCACAUCGGCCUAAACAUCAACAGCAUCCGAUCUAUCAAGAACGUGUCGUUAUCGCCACUUGGCAUUAAGCUCGUUCCUCCAAAUCCAGAAGCCAAGUUUUACAAUGUUUGGGUCCAGUACGACGGAAUCGCCAAGACGAUUGAGGUGUACAUGAUAGAGCAAGCUUCAAAGGAUGGUCCCACACCAGCCAGACCAUCCUCUCCGGUGCUGAAAUCGGAUCUGGACCUCAGACAUCUGGUAGCCCAGUAUUCUUAUUUCGGAUUUGCAGCUUCAACCGGCAACGCCACCCAGCAGUUGAACUGCGUGCUGAGGUGGAACCUGACCGUUCAGUACUAUCCUGAAAAUGAUGACGAUUCGUGGUUGAAAAUCGUCCUCGGAGUUGGAGUGCCCGGAGUGGCGUUAUUAGUGAUUGGAUCGAUGGCUUUGUGCUAUUACUUCUAUAGGAGGAGGUCGGCGAGAUCGGACCCGAACAUCCUCGGGGCUCUGAAGAGCUUGCCCGGGAUGCCCAGGGAGUUCCAUUUUAAGGAUUUAAAUAAAGCCACCAACAAUUUUCACGAGAAGAACAAGUUGGGUGAAGGUGGUUUCGGUGUGGUGUAUAAAGGGUUGUUACCGGGUGAGAAUUUGGAGGUGGCCGUGAAGUGGUUCUCCAGGGAGAGCAUGAAGGGGCAGGAUGAUUUCUUGGCCGAGCUUACCAUCAUCAAUCGUCUCCGGCAUAGACACCUAGUCCGAUUACUCGGAUGGUGCCACAAGAAUGGGAAGCUGCUCUUGGUGUAUGAAUACAUGCCUAAUGGCAGCCUGGACAAGCACCUCUUCGGCACCACCGCCGACGAGCAACCCUUGAGCUGGAACCUCCGCUACAAGAUCAUCUCCGGACUGGCCUCAGCUCUUCACUACAUCCACAACGAGUUUGACCAAAAGGUGGUUCACCGCGACCUCAAGGCCAGCAACAUCAUGCUCGACUCCAACUUCAAUUCCCGGCUAGGCGACUUCGGCCUAGCUCGCGCCCUCGACCACGAGAAGAACUCGUACACCGAGGCCGCAGGCGUGCUCGGAACCCCCGGCUACAUUGCCCCGGAGUACUUCCACACGGCCAAAGCCACGCAGCAAAGUGAUGUGUACGCGUUUGGUGCAGUGUUGCUUGAGGUAGUGUCUGGCCAAAGGCCUGGCACUAGGAUAGGUGCGUUUCAGUACUUGGUGGAUUGGGUGUGGUUCUUGCACCGUGAGGGGCGGUUGCGGGAGGCGGUGGACGAGCGGCUCCGGGAGGAUUACGUGGCGGAGGAGGCGGAGAGGGUUCUGCUUGUAGGGUUGUCAUGCUGCCAUCCAAUAGCCAGUGAGAGGUUGGACGCCAAGGAGAUUCUUCAGAUUGUGUCCGGGAUGAUGGCCGUGCCGCAUGUGCCACCGUUCAAGCCGCCUUUCGUGUGGCCGUCGGUGGCGGGGCUGGAGGGAGAAGAUAUUAGUUCUGCCACUACAUUGGACACUACGUAUGCAACCUCCCAUUUUGAGUCGGGGUGGUCUCCACAACUCCACAGCAGAGACAGUUAUGUUACAUACACUAGUGACAACUCUUUGGUGUAGUUGCUUUGGUUAAUUUAUUUUUUGUUCGGAUUAGAAAAUCUGAAGAUUUCAUAUUUUUUCUUUUUCUUUUCUCUUCAAUGUUUGUAGUUAAAUUUGUUCAUUGUGAGGUGGGGAGGGAGGCUAUUUUGUAUAUUUUGAUGGGUGGUGUUAUAUUAUAAGACUUGUAUUUGUAACUUGUAAUUUUUGCAUAUUAGGUGCUAAUUUGACCAUCUGGUUAUAGAAUGUGAAAUAUCAAUGUUUGAUGCAUUCAUUAACCAAAUGGUUUAAUCAUGA